CUUCAUCAGAAGAAGAGCUAUGGCCUCCACCGUCACGGUAUUUCUGCUCCUGUCUGCGGGUUUAUUCACAGUCGGUUUUGGUGAUGAUUGUAGAAGCUACAUCACCAGCAGUAAUGAGUACAAGCCCUUUAUAAGAUGCCAGUAUGGGGAGCACUGCUGUGGGACUUGCAAUAACAGAUACUGCUGCUCCAGUGCUUAUUCGAAGUUAACCGAUCAAAACGUGUGCAAAAUUCUGUCCAACAGCCAAAGCAGUGGUGGGCCCGCCAUUAUUUCAGGAAUAAUGGGGAUUGUGGUCAUAUGCGUUGUGUUCGUCAUCUGCUGCUGCUGCCCCUGCUGCUGUAUCUAUAAAAUGUGCAGAACACCCAGACCUGUGGUAGGAGGAACGCAUAUAACCACAGUCAUGAACACACAAUGCAUUCAGCAGCAGCAGCCGCCGCCUGUCAUGCAGCCCGCUCAGUAUCCAGCAUACCAGCCUGUCCCGACUCAACCGGGCUACGGCGCUCAGCCUAUGCAGACGGGACCAUAUCAGGGACAGCCAUACGCACCAGGACCCCCACCACCAUACCACAUGGCCGCAAGCCCUGGAUAUCCCAGUGUUCAGGCUCCAUAUGACGGAAGUCAGGCCACGUACCCCAUGAUGCCCCCUGGCCAGCCAGGUAGUGCUUAUCCACCCCCUGCCCAGCCCGGUAUCGCUUAUCCGCCCCCAGAGUCAUUCGAUCAGCCGGCCUAUAACCCCGCCUACAUGCAGCCACCGAAGACUGGAUCCGAUGAUGACUGCAUGAGCUACUUGAGCAGCAGUGGUAUGUGGAAGCCGUCCAUUGAUUGCGGGAUUUUCAGCUUCUGCUGUGGGACGUGUAAUGACAGAUACUGCUGCUCCAAUCCACUCAACAAGUUAUCCGAGGAUGCACAAGAGGACUGCAUUUUCCACGAUAGUACGUACGUCGCUGUCGGCGUGACAGUAGCGGGGCUUGUGGUCCUCAUCGUUAUGUUCAUCGUCUGCUGCGUCUGCCCCUGCUGCUGCAUCUACAAAAUGUGCAGAAAACCCAGACCUGUUAUGGGAGCAACAACAACUACAGUGGUAUCCACACAAUACCCUCAGCAGCCUGUUGUCCACGGAAGUCAGUACCCUCCGUACCAGCCCGUAAAACCACCUCAGUUUGGGUACAGCGGGGCACCAGGAUAUGGAGGGCAGCCUAUGCCCACUGCACCAUAUCAGGGACCGCCAUACGUAGCGGGACCCCCUCCCCCAUAUCAGGAGGCUGGAGGCCCAGGAUAUCCUGCUCCCUACAGCCAGGCUGCGUAUGACGGUGGACAGGCCGCGUACCCCAUACAACCACCAGCUCAGCCUGGUUUCGUUCAGCCGCCUCAACCGACAACCUACAGCUCGACUCAACCAGCUUACAACCCCGCCUACGUGGAGCCACCAAAGACCGCUUACUAAACCACAAGCUGGAUUGUUGAUGCUUAUGCAGUUCCAUGACCUGGUCUCCUACAAUUGUGCAUUGUACAGCUACUGUGGACAGCAUAUUCCAAUCGGGUCGAGAAUAAAAUGAUCGGUGUUUAUCAUGAUUGCUUUAAGGUCU